GAAGCGCUGUAGGCGGGGGACAUCGGCAGAGGAGGAUGGGGAAGGCACACAGAGCACAGUUGAGGAUCAGAAUUACGCCUUGGAGAAUGGUGGCUUUCACUGUGAUGAGAAUGGCAACACUGAGAAUAAGGACAAAGCGGUAAGGAUGAGCACUGGGUCAUGGAGGAACUUCUUCCAAAUUUAGAACAGCGGGGCCCUCCGUUUUUGCGUCUCUGCCUGCAUAGUCGGGACUUUCAAUUGGGACAAGACAUUGUGGAAAACAUCACGGACAGCAUCUAUGCAAGUCGGCGGACUCUUUGUCUCAUCAGUCGCAACUACAUCGGUAGCAACUGGUGUUCUUUGGAGAUGCAGCUGGCCACCUACCGGCUCCAAGUUGAACACAGGGACAUUCUUAUCCUGGUCUUCCUAGAAAUGAUUCCGUCUCGCUUGCUAUCCUCCCAUCAUAGAUUGGCCCGGCUGGUAAAAACUAGAACCUAUCUAGACUGGCCACGGGAGCCUGAGAUGCAGGAGGCAUUCUGGGACAGGUUGUGGUGUAAACUGAGCUCCAAUAAAACCAACUAAACUUCAUUUCUCUAUAUUGUAUAGUUCCAAAAAAAAAAAAUCAAUUGACAAACUUAA